GAGUACAUGCCCAAUUUAAUUUAAGAAAAACCUUGAAAUCAAAAGUUUGUAUUCUCUGCGUCUUCAGCUUGUUAGCAGUGUGCAACAUAAAAUUGAGGAGAAAGUAUAAAAGAAAUGGAAGACAUUGAAGAUUUGUUAAUUGGCAGUGGAGAUGGUGCUCCAUCUGGGUUUCGCUUACCCAUCAAUUCAGUUGCACUUCAUCCCAAGAAAAACAAACCCAACCUCACCGCCUCUUUCUCUCCUAAAAUCCCUGGCACUCAGACCAUUUAUAUCAAGACUUUUGGAUGCUCACAUAAUCAGAGUGAUAGCGAAUAUAUGGCGGGUCAGCUUUCAUCAUUUGGUUAUACAUUAACUGACAUCCCUGAGGAUGGAGAUCUCUGGCUGAUCAAUACAUGUACUGUAAAGUCUCCAAGUCAAUCUGCUAUGGACACUUUAAUGGCUAAGGGUAAAAGUGCACAAAAGCCCCUAGUCAUUGCUGGCUGUGUGCCUCAAGGUAGUCGAAACUUGAAAGAAUUAGAAGGAGUGAGUAUAGUUGGAGUGCAGCAAAUAGACCGUGUUGUUGAAGUUGUUGAAGAGACUCUAAAAGGACACGAAGUGCGGCUUUUGAAUCGCAAGACGUUGCCAGCUCUUGACCUCCCAAAGGUUCGGAAGAACAAAUUUGUUGAGAUUCUUCCAAUCAAUGUUGGUUGUUUGGGGGCUUGCACUUAUUGCAAGACAAAGCAUGCCCGUGGCCAUCUAGGGAGCUACACCAUUGAUAGCCUUGUAGGGCGUGUAAGAUCAGUUGUAGCUGACGGAGUUAAAGAAAUAUGGUUGAGCAGUGAAGAUACUGGGGCAUAUGGUCGAGAUAUUGGGGUCAAUCUUCCAAGCUUACUGAAUGCUAUUGUUUCUGAACUUCCUGCUGAUGCAAGCACAAUGCUUCGUAUUGGGAUGACAAAUCCUCCUUUCAUUCUUGAGCACUUAAAAGAGAUAGCAGAAGUUCUGCGUCACCCAUGUGUAUAUUCCUUUCUUCAUGUACCAGUGCAAUCUGGGAGUGAUAAUGUUUUGACAGCAAUGAAUAGAGAGUACAUUGUGAGCGAGUUCAGGACAGUGGUUGAUACCCUGACUGAACUGGUCCCAGGAAUGCAAAUUGCGACUGACAUAAUAUGUGGUUUCCCAGGUGAAACGGAUGAUGAUUUUUCUCAAACUGUCAGCCUUAUUAAUGAUUACAAAUUCCCUCAAGUUCAUAUAUCACAGUUUUAUCCCCGGCCAGGGACUCCUGCUGCAAGGAUGAAGAAAAUCCCCAGUAACAUAGUGAAAAAACGAAGCCGUGAAUUGACUGCUGUUUUUGAAGCUUUCAGUCCGUAUGGUGAAAUGGAGGGUAGAGUGGAAAGAAUAUGGAUUACUGAAAUAGCAACCGAUGGAAUUCAUUUGGUUGGCCAUACGAAGGGAUACAUCCAGGUGCUUGUGAUUGCUCCAGAAAGCAUGCUGGGAACUUCAGCUAUUGUUAAGAUAACAUCCGUUGGAAGGUGGUCUGUUUUCGGAGAUGUAAUCGAGACUUUCGAUCAAACAGAUAAGGCAACGGUUUCUGCUGAAAAGAUGCCUAGUGAGGGCAAAUGUUCUCCCUGCUCUGAUCCAUGUGGAACCAGUGCAUGUUCAGAAAUACCAGAGCCUUGUGAUUGUGGACCAGACCGCUGUGGAGGACAGAAUACUUUGGAAGAAAUUGUCAUUCCACAGAACGAUAUGCUGCUCGAAGAUCGAAAUAGGAGAAAUCUGAUAGGAUGGGUACUAAGAAAGCGGAAAAACAAAACACAGAAAAAAAUGGAGAACAAUGUUAUCUCGGGAUCCAUAAAAAAGCAAGAAUCGAUCCAAGGAACCUGGAGUACAUGGGGAGUUAUUGAUAGGGCGCUCCUUGGAGGAAUUCUUGUGAGCUUAGCCCUACUACUAUAUCUUGGUUUUAGGACUAUGGUGUCCAGUUAGUUGUGUCUGUAUUACUUGACUGCUUAUUAGAGGGAGGAGUCGACAAAUAUUCCAAAUAGGCGAUGAAUUUUUUUGGCAGUAGAAUAUUUAAAACUGUUUUUUUUUUACAACAGUUGGUUCUAAGAUAUCGCUUUUUGUAAUUUCAAUUUUAGUUUUGAAA